UCCAAAUCGCGCAACAAUCCUGCUAUCCUUGAUGCUGUUGGUGCAUUGAAUGAGCAUUUUCUUUAGGUUACCACAUGUUCUACAGAUUUGUCAUGAAGGUAUCUAUUCAUCAUGAUGCUCUUCCCUCCGUCGCCUACAACUACUGCAUAGCAGGAUAAGAACAGUGCUCGCCAAGUUCCGGACAGCGAGCUACUAAGUUCCUUCUCCAAUCCUCUUUCACCUUCGGUACCAAAUGCAUCUGAUUAUAUUCCUCAAUAGACAAUAGCUACAUCCCACUCCUCCACAAACUUCAUCAGUCUUUAAACCAUGCAUCACCAGCUCGAGGCGGUCGAUGACGACGGCGGGCGGUCACAGCAACUGCCGGCCUUUCGACCCGGAAAUUUCCAUCGUAGGGCCUGCAGUCCGGCCUGCAGCAGCCUACACACUGUCCUGCGUGACAGUCUCCUGGCCUCAAUCGUUGCGCCAAAAUGGACAGCUGCUCAUCGUUCGAACUCUCGAUCAUCCUUGUGCCUUGCCCCCGUCGCACGAACUCCGCCGCCUGCCUCUUAUCGCCGAGCUUUCCAUACGACUUCACCGCUCGCUUCCCAAUCCCCUUCUCCCCGAAUUACAUACCGGGUCGCUGCUUCAUCCUCUGGCAAAGGUCGCCGCUUUCAUCCGGCCAAGAACUCGUAUGACUUCAAUCCAGAUCUCCACCCGGCUAUCGGAGUUGCGACAGACACUCAAGACCCUGCAUUGCGGAGGAAAAGGAGACCUGACAGCGGUGAGGAUGCGUUUUUCGUCAGCAGAGUUGGCAAUGGAGACUCUGGAGCCAUCGCAUUCGCUGUAGCUGACGGGGUUGGCGGCUGGGCGGAAUCCCGCGUUGACCCGGCCGAUUUCUCCCAUGCACUAUGUAGUUACAUGGCGCAAUCGGCCCUUGCCUGGGAUGCACCAGCUGAGCAAUUGCGCUCGAAGCACCUUCUUCAAGUUGGCUACGAUCAAGUAGUAGCAGACAAUUCGGUCCCCGCCGGUGGCAGCACCGCCUCCGUCGGCGUUGGCUUGGAAGACGGACGCAUUGAAUUAGCGAACCUAGGCGAUUCGGGCUCAGUCCUUCUUCGACUAGCAGCCGUGCACCAUUACUCGGUGCCGCAAACACACGGCUUCAACACACCAUACCAACUCAGCAUCAUUCCUCCACGGAUGCGCGCCCAAGCGUCUGUCUUUGGCGGCGCCUUUCUAGAAGACUUUCCCCGGGACGCGGCCGUCACCAAUCUUCAGAUGCAGCACGGUGACGUCCUCGUACUAGCCACAGACGGAGUUUUCGACAACCUCAACAAUCAAGACAUCCUCAAGCUGGUUUCCAGUCGUAUGGUUCUCAUGGGUGCAUGGACCUCCACCGAAGAGGCCGGGGUGCAGCCCUCUGCGGAUUUGCAGCAACUCACCAGCCCCAAUGGCCUGGCGCCGCUCCUCCCUACCUCACCUGCCUCUUCCUCGCCCUCCUCACCCUCCUCGACAUCCUCUACGUCCUCCUCCGACAGCACCGCCUCAUCCACUAAAACCGCCUCUCCAAACCCCCGUGAUCAAGUCUAUACCCUCCAAUCUCUGAUUGCAGCCACCAUCGCCGGCGAAGCCAAGCUAGCAAGCACGGACAUGCGUCGCGACGGUCCGUUCGCCAAAGAAGCCCAGCGCUAUUACCCGGGAGACUGGUACCGCGGUGGCAAGGUCGACGACAUCUCAGUCGUGGUCAUCAUCGCCGUGGAAGAGGGAUACUCCGGCUUCUCUACUCCCUCAUCUAAAUAG